UUUGCCCGUUAUCACUAAACAAAUGUUGAUUUUUCAGUUUGCAAUGCUAGCCUAGACAGUAAUAUCACAUUUACAAAAACAUGUAUUUUGGAUUUUAUAUCAAUUCUUAACCGUUUGAAAAUUGCUAGAAAGGAAUGUACUUUUUCCACGAUCCUCCAGAAAUGACAACUGUUAUAGUAAAGCACGUACUCGUCAUCGUUGCAAUUUUGUCCCGUUUACUUUACCAACAUGCACAAGCUGAGGAUGUACAAUUUUAUGACCAAUUUUAUGGUGGAUCAAUGAGCUACCAAAUGGAGAAGCAAGUCAACGGCACAGAUCUGGUGACCAUCGAGCUGAUUACAGGUUGGGUACUAGGGAAAGGCCCAUGUGGUCCGAGUUGUAACAUCAGUGACAUCGGUAGAUCUACACGCUCUACAAGACCGUUAAUGAUGAACGUUGCCUAUUAUUUUGGAAACUAUCUUGGGAGCUACACGUAUGACUUUCGUAACAAGACCACCUCUAAAACGGAACAUCGUGACAUGAAUGCGUUAGUACGCUCAACAUACAACGAAACUGUAAUAGCCGUCAGCGAGAUGGAGAAAUUGGAACAGGAACUUCUUCAUUUUAGCUUCAUAAUGCCGCCUGGAAUACAAAAAUUAGAUGUGAAUUUUGACGGAUAUUCAUGGCGAAAUUUAACAUUGCAACGCGGACCUGGCAGAUGGCAUUUACAAACCACAGUUUCAACAGCUGUGCGUAGUGAUACGGGAAAACCUAACCGUAGUCCUCGGUCAUUUGCAAGACCGUUCUAUAGAAUUGAAUUAGGCACAAUCGCAGAAAUACACAUUCUAGCCGUUGACGAUGACGGAGACUUUAUCAUAUGUAUGAUAGCAGAAUACAUUGAAGGAGGUUAUAUUUCACAACAUCCUCCGCCAAAUGUACAGGUCUUUCAAAACUGUACAGUCUCCAUCAAUACAUCUUCUAGCAACUACACAAACGAUUCAUGGAUCGCCGUGCCAGUCGAAGUGAGGGAUUACAAUAGGAAGAAGAUUACUUAUGGCGAGAAUGAAUACAUGCCGGCUACAUUUUCACUAAGUGCAACUUCUGUGCAGUUUACUGUACAAGUGAUAGCUAAUUUGAUUACCCCGGAAUUUGUAGAACCAACGUUUGAGAGCGAUCAUUUAUUCAUCAUGUAUGCUGAUACGACACUAAGAACAAAAAUAUACGCGGAGGCACCAGAAAAUACCACACUGGAGAGCUUUACUGCGCUUGGGAUACAACACGAACAAUUUAAACUUUCUUCAAUACAACAAGAUCUUAGGCGACCACAAGUUAAGUAUGCAACAAUGACAUGGAAGCCGUCUGCUGGCGAAAUCGGGCCACAUAUAGCAUGCGUUAAUGCACGUGAUAACACUGGGGUGGAUUCGGCAGAGGAAAUAUGUUUUAUACUGGAUGUUAAAGGUGAUGUAUUCAACCAUACUACCAAAGAUUUUGCGGGGAAACCGUACUUUGUUGACAUUCCAUCACCGGAUCAGUAUGUUAACUGCAAAAUACACUCGACAUGUGUGGUACCAUUAUAUGUCAAAUCAACGACCGAGGUGGUAGAUGUACGCGUGACAGAAAGCUACAUUGAUCAGUAUCAGUUGGGUCCAAUACAGAUCGUGACACAUAAAGGUGAAACAGUGUUCCAAACGGACCUUUCGUUUGAACACUCAUUGCAUGGGGAGGAACAUAUCUGCUUCAUUGCAAAAAACAAAAAUGG